AAAACGUUCAAAAUUAUCAAAUACUCCCAAAGGCCGAUCCUCUUCCCUCCCAAUUAAAAAUUUUGAAAUACGAAAACAAGAAAAAAAAACCCCCAAAAAAGUUCAAACCGAUUCAAUCACGCCUUCUGCAGAAUCCAUCUCCGCCAUGGAAUCCGACGACCCAGAAAAAUUCUUGGCCUUUCAACACCAUCCGCCGAAUUUCAUAACACUCUCUCCAUUUUCUCCUGCUUGUUAUCCAUCUCCCAGUCGCCGUCUUUCCAGCUGUUUUACGGAGCCGAGCAGGCCAGUACGGGCUGCAAGGCGGCUGGCUUGGGUGUCCCUCCAAGGCCGGCUUGUGGGCGCAGAAGAAGCCAGCUCGGCUAAAACUAUAGCCGGAGAAAAUGGCUCGUUGUUCAGCCGGAAAGAAGCUGUUGCCUGGGAACUCUUUAGCCCCAUUCAUAGGAUUCUUAUAGUUACUGUUAUCGCCGUGGCCGUGGCAAAUUCGAAGAGAAACAGACAGAUUUUUCAGUUGAAAAAAGCUGUUGAAUUAAGGGAUCAAGUACUUCUGCGAAUGCAAGAGAAGCUAGACAAUUUAUGUGAGCAGAUCAACUUCUUUAAGGAUCAGCCUGAGAUUGCAACAGAGAAGAAUGGGUGCCAAUUAUGCCAACAGCACAAGCAUGAACCGACUAAUUUAGCGGGUAACUCAGUAGUCAAGACAUUGAAGAGGGAUGAAAUGCUAAAGUGCAAAUGGGCGCCUACCAUUGAGGCGGAACCAGAGGAGCGCCGCAUGUCGGAUUUGUCUGAUUGGGGUUCUAGUGUUACUUCCUCUGUGGAUCUACAGUUGAACAGUUUCUCCAUCGAACAAGAUAUCCACAAGUUGCAAAGAGAAUGUGAAGAAAAGGAUGUCACCAUAAAGGAGCUGUCAACUGCCAUCCACUCUGCUCAAGUUUUUGGCUCCAAGAGGAUUACAGAGUUGGAAGAUGUAAUACGCCGGAAGAAUAUGAUUACUACAAAACUCAAGAAGGACAUCCUGGUUCUUGAGCAGAAGGUGGUAAACCUAACAAGAACUCGUAGACCCUCUUUCUCUGCGGUAGUCUCAAAUGAUCGUCAGCUUCCUGUCAUGGCAGAUAACGUCCUGUAUGAUAUUGAUAACACUACCAGCCCUUCAUCCUCCGACUCUGAUAGCUCCCCUGGAAAUCAGCCUCAGUUUCCAAGACCUAAAAGCGGGGAAAACCCUGUUCAAAAAGCAGAGAGAGCUUUGAGAGGGAUACCAAAAUUGGAACAGGCUAAAGGCUCCACUCUCUCACCGAAACCAAACUAUCACCACCAAAAUUCUCAACCUGUUAGUCCACUGAAGGAAAAAUCACUAAAUCAACUAGCCAACGCAGACCCCAAUUCAAGACGGAAUGUGACUUCUUCUGUCAGUCAGCAUCCUACGAGUAGGAGACGAGUUCUAGCCAGAUCUAGGGAUGCCUCCAUACCGAAAAGAUGGGUUUAGCCAUGGUCGUGAGACAUGAUCCCCAGAACAGUUUCAGUAUCAUUUUUGUGAACGUGGAUCCAGUUCCUCCUUAAGUUUUUGAUGGUUAUUUGCUUUCAAGGAGCUUCAAUUGCAAAGUUAUAGAAACUCGGACCUGCUAAUGCAAGCAUUGGGUCAAAAUAUGUUUAGGACUUGCAAGAAUCUGUUUUGUUCUUCUAAUACUCUGAUAUGUGAUUUAUGUACAUCACCAAUUUCAGUGCUUAUGGAGUACUAUUUGUGUCCUUUCUUGUCA